AGUGUAAGCGUUACUUAAGCGGAGACUUGUUACAUAGCGUCCGUAACUGCAUCUUCUUUAUCUAGAAGUUAACACGUCUGUCUGUGACAGUAUAAAGGCUACUGCGCCCGCGCUUCGCUGAGCUUUCGGUCUUCAGUCACUUGCUGCAUUUUAGCGCUCAACUGCGGACAGCAUUACAGUGAAGAUGCUUAAAGCCAUCGGCCAAACUUUGUUUUCUUCUGGACUCCAGCAGCCAAAAUUCACUGCUCAACCGAGUAAGGGUGAAGACUAUGAGGUCCGCACUUACCACACAACAAACUGGGUCAGCACAACUGUGACUGGCAUGGAGCAGGACCCGGCCUUUAGCACAGGCUUCAGAAGACUCUUCAAAUACAUCCAGGGGAAUAAUGACAAGAAGUGUAAGGUGGAGAUGACGGCACCAGUGAGCUGUCUGAUUGAGCCUGGUGCUGGACCCGCGUGUGAAAGCACCUUCACAGUGUCCUUCUACAUCCCUGAGGAACAUCAGGCUGACCCACCCAAACCCACUGAUCCAGAAGCUUUCAUUGAGAACAGAAAAGAGUUCACCGUUUUUGUGAGGACCUUUGGAGGCUUUGCUAACAGUGAGAGCAGCCGUGCUGAGCUUCUGAGACUGAUAGAGAGCCUCAAGAGGGAUGGAAUGAAGUUCAAGGAGGCUCCGUUCUACAGAGCAGGAUAUGACAGCCCCUUCAAACUGACCAACCGUAGGAAUGAAGUGUGGCUGAUCAAAGAUGAGGAAUAAAAGUCCCAACGAUCAAAUGGUCAUGCAUUAUGAUGUGAAUGUAGGAAGAGGGCAAUUUAUUUGUUUGAACUUAACAAUAGUUAUUGUGUAGAUGCUCCGUUUAUUAUGUACCGCAAGUGCCUGUAUGUUUUUAUGAGAAUUUAACACUGUACUAAUUGUGUAUCUCAUCAAUAUUUUAAAGCAACAUUUUUAGGUAACGACAGUUAUCUGCUUAAUUAUACAAAAAUAAUGUAGUAAAUAACUUCUAAUUAUCUGUCAGACUGACACAUUGCCUAAAUCUCUUGCAAUGUCACUAAUAAAGUCUCAAAGCACUUAG